AUGCCUAGCGCACCUACCCCACAUUGUGUGCGGCGCUUACAGAAGGAGUAUUCUGCCCUCUGCCGAGAGACCAACCCGUUCUUCUUUGCCAAUCCCUCGACAAAGUCUAUUUUGCAUUGGUACUUUAUCAUUAACGGACCAGCAGAUACGCCUUAUGACGGCGGUCGCUAUUUUGGGCGGUUAAAUUUUCCACCCGAAUAUCCAAUGAAACCACCUGAGAUAAUUAUGUUGACACCAACUGGGCGCUUUGAGGUUAACAGACCAAUCUGCCUCACCAUGAGCAAUGCCCAUCCAGAGCACUGGAGUCCUUUGUGGGGGAUCCGCACCAUUGUUACCGGCUUGCUUUCGUUUAUGGCAGGAGAGGAAGUUGCCAAUGGGAGUAUUACGUGCAGCGAUGCGCAGCGAAGGAAGUACGCUCGUGAGAGCCGUCGCUUUAAUGUGGAGCAACUGACAAUUUACAAGCAACUGUUUCCAGAGGAGUAUCAGAAGGAUGCGGAAGCCUUGAGGCGGGAGGAGAAUGAGAAGGGCAGUUCCAUGCGUGAAACCGAUGGCCGUGCGGAGAUGGAUAGUGCGAAUGCAAAAAGUGAGCUUGCGAGGGGAUUGCAAGAAAAAAAGCAGUGGAGUUGGUUGUUUCCAGCGAUUCUGGUGCUCUUUGCUGUGGCGGUCGGGGCCUCCUUUUGGCUCCGGCAGGGCGCGGGGGUUGUUUGGGGAGCCGCCGCGGCGCGCGCCUUUCCGCACCCAGGCCGCUAG